UUCAGUUUGUUUUCAGGCGGGUUCGGAUUCGGUGCGCGCGCGACAAAUUUCCUUCUUCUCUCCGGGCAGAUUGAAUUUUCCACGCGACAAACGGAUGGGCCAAGUGGUGGAAGUGCACUAGUUGAAAUAUCUAGCGACGUUCGUUUGGUGCUGAUCUCAUCGUUCAUCUUUGCUGGAUCGAAAAUCAAACAUUGGCAGUAUAGAUUGUUUAAAUAGUGACGUCCUCGUCUAAGCAGUUUAAAGCCGAAAGGUUAACUAGCAGCAGCUAACAGGAAGGAAAUUUAAUACCAAUUUCUGAGGUUUUCAUACUUCGACUGGAAGAGCUCGCCUUGAAAGUCCAUCAUAAUGUCCGACGGUCAAACGCAGAACGGUGCCGAUGCGGUGGACAAAGCCACCGUGGAGGUUGCCCAGAUGGCUCUGGAAGCAAAGGAAGAAACGCCUAAAGCAGCAGCAGCAGCCAAGGAAUCGGCCGGAGCCGAGGCUGGCAGCGAAACGAAAAAGCCAGAUGAAAACGGUGCUUCCAGCAGCAGUCCUCCAGUUUCGAAUGCCGCCUUCAGGGAACAGUUCAAAGCAUUCUCCAAGUUUGGCGACACCAAAUCCGAUGGGAAACAUCUGACACUUUCGCAAAGUGAUAAAUGGAUGAAACAGGCCAAGGUCAUCGAUAAGAAAAUUACUACCACCGACACCGGAAUCCACUUCAAGAAGCUGAAACAGAUGAAACUUUCCUUCGAGGAUUACAACAAAUUCCUGGACGAUUUGGCUAAAACCAAGAAGGUCGAGUUGAGCGAAAUCAAGAACAAAAUGGUCAACUGUGGCGCCCCCGGUAUUCACAAUGUGACUCCCGGAAAGGCUGCGGAAACGGUGGCCCGGCUAACAGACACAUCCAAGUACACCGGUUCGCACAAGCAACGGUUCGAUGAAACCGGAAAGGGUAAGGGCAUUGCCGGUCGCAAAGAUAUGGUCGAUGGUUCCGGUUAUGUGACCGGAUACGGACACAAAAAUACUUACGACAAAACUCAUUAGACAAUUUUUGAGACACAAAGCAUUUCCCGCGCUAAAAAAGAAACAAAUCUUUCCAUAUAAGUUUGAGGUGAAAAGAAACAAAGAAAAAUCUAUAAAUCUACAAAUUACGUAAAAUCAAAAUAUUUAUUACAAAAAGAUCGAACGUCUUCAGGAGAAAAAUUUGUAUAAAAUUGUAGCCAGUUAGUUCGUUCUGACGAGGAAAAUUAUAAAAAAAGAUGUUUAUUGUUACGUUUUAGUUUUCCAUCGGACCUGAAUCGGUUGUUUACUGGUUGUGUUUUGUUCUAUGAGGUUAUUCUAGUCCCAAAUGGGUUGAGCAGUUAGAUUGAGGAAUCAUUGUCAUAAGUGAUCUACAAGUCAACUCGUGCAAAUCUUCGGAACAACAUUGAUGAGAUAUUUUUGUUAAUGUACCUACCUACUCCUAACCAUCAACGGUAAUGUAAGCGCAAUCUGCAGUUCAUUUGAAAUGAAUCUAUAUUUGUAUAAGAUAUUUAAGACCCCAAGAAGCAUGAUGUAUUCGUAUUUUCUGCUAAAUAUAUUCAGAACGAUAAA